UUGCCUUCUUUACGGUAAUCCUGACAGCGGAUCCGGUUGUCAGCUGAUCCUCCGUUACGGGGCGAGUGAGGAGGAGAAUCAGCUGAAACGAAACACCGCCGGGUACCUAAAACCAUGGCCGCGGAGAUCCACUAGCCCCAAACCGCCAGACCGAUUCUUUUGAACAAGAUUGAGGGCCACUCGGACACUGUCAACUCGGCCGUUUUAAUACCGAAAGAAGAUGGAGUGAUCACCGUGAGCGAGGACAGAACGAUCCGGGUUUGGCUGAAGAGGGACAGCGGUCAGUACUGGCCCAGUAUCUACCACACGGUGUCCUCUCCGUGCUCUUGCAUGUCGUACCACCACGACAGCAGACGCAUCUUCAUAGGCCAAGACAACGGAGCGGUUGUGGAGUUUCUCAUCUCUGAAGACUUCAACAAGAUGAGCCAUGUCAAAACGUAUCCAGCCCACCAGAACCGUGUGUCAGAUAUGGUGUUCUCCCUGGAGAGUGAGUGGGUGGUGAGUACCGGCCACGACAAGAGUGUGAGCUGGAUGUGCACCCAGAGCGGCAGCAUGCUGGGGAGACACUACUUCACCGCCUGGGCCUCCUGCCUACAAUAUGACCACGAGACGCAGCACGCCUUUGUGGGCGAUUACUCAGGACAGAUCACGCUGCUGAAGCUGGAGAAGCAGACGUACUCAACCAUCACGACGCUGAAGGGUCAUGAAGGAAGUAUAGCAGCCCUGUGGUGGGACCCCGUCCAGAGGCUGCUGUUCUCGGGGGCAGCAGACCACAGCGUCAUCAUGUGGGACAUCGGGGGCCGCAAGGGACGGACAUUACUGUUGCAGGGACACCACGAGCGCGUUCAGGCAAUACGUUUCCUGCAGCUGACCAGGCAGCUGUUGUCGUGCUCGGCAGACGGAGGCAUCGCGGUGUGGAACAUGGACACACAAAGAGAAGAGGCCCCCCAGUGGUUAGACAGCGACUCCUGUCAGAAGUGUGAGCAGCCUUUCUUCUGGAACAUCAAGCAGAUGUGGGACAGUAAGACCCUGGGGCUCAGGCAGCACCACUGCAGAAAGUGUGGAAAGGCUGUGUGUGGGAAAUGUAGUUCUAAACGCUCCACAUUCCCAAUCAUGGGCUUCGAGUUCCCUGUGAGGGUGUGUGAUGCCUGCUUUGAUACCAUCAAAGAAGAAGAUCGAACAGCAUUGGCUACAUUCCACGAGGGGAAACACAACAUUGCCCACAUGGACAUGGAUCCGUCCAGAGGCCUGAUGGUCACCUGUGGAAGCGACCGCAUUGUGAAGAUCUGGGAUAUGACGCAGGUGGUUGGCUGUAGCUUGGCAACAGGCUUCUCUCCGCGCUGAUUGGCCGAGGCCCACUGCAUGGUCCUCCUCUUCCUCUACAAUCCCCCCUCCGCUCUGUGCUCCGCCCACUCUUCCAAUGUCAUGGAAACCCCUCUGUACAGUAUAUCUCCCCUCUACGCUGGGGAUUGUCAGCUACAACGAGGCCUGCUCUCAGUGAACGUGUGUGUGUGUGUGUCUGUGUGUGUGUGAGUGUGUGUGUGUCUGUGUCUGUGUGUGUGUGAGUCAAUGGUGCUGCCCUCCACUUUCCUUUAGCUCAUAACUAAUUUGUCUAUCAUGUCUAACUGUCCGUCCCACCUGUGAGUGGGUGUGGCUUCAAUCUGAGACAGACCCCUAAGCACAAAGAGGUGUGUGUGUGUGUGUGUGUGUACGUGUGUACGUAUGUGUGUGUGUGUAUGUACAUGUGUGCAUGUAUUGUGACGACGCCUCCUGUUGGAGGACUGCUGUUAGUGUUUACAUUAUGAUAAUAUUUCCAAUGCUUUUUCUGACUGAGGUCAUUUUUUAUUACCCUUGCACUGUAAAGUUCACUAAGUCGCCACCCCCCCCCCCCCGUACAAACAGACUCUUGCUUCUUAUUGUUGCCCGUUACCUGCAUAUAAGUCACUGUAACAUGUACAAACCCCCGAUCAUGUGUAUAUAUCUCCUGCAUUGUAUGUAUUGUAGAUAGCUGCUUGAAUUAACUCUCACUGAUCAAAGUGAUCAGUUUGCUCUCCUCUUUGUUAGUUGAUUUUCUUUCACUAGUUGGCCUUAAAUCACUCUCAGGAGGUUUAUUAUCGUCGGUCACCAGGUGGGGGCUGCACGGUCGGUCACCAGGUGGGGGCUGCACGGUCGGUCACCAGGUGGGGGCUGCACGGUCGGUCACCAGGUGGGGGCUGCACGGUCGGUCACCAGGUGGGGGCUGCACGGUCGGUCACCAGCUUGGGGUUGUUAUAUCACGUCAGUCGUAACCUUUAUUCGUUCUUGUUUUUCCUCAAAUCGACAAAUGGAACAGCUUCUUCUGAAAUCUCUUUUUCACUGAAAAAAGACGCUCCCGUAGAUAUUGGUUGAACUUCUGUUUGCACGGCAGCUCCGACCCAGGAAAUUAGAUGUCGUUACCAUAGUAACCUGUACUAACAGAGACAUUAUUAAAUAUCCUGUCCAGGCAUGUGAAGUGAUGAGGUUAUCAC